GAUUGCCCUAUUUGGCGCCCAGAUUAUAUUAGGGAGGAGAGAGAACGAGAGAGGACCAUAAACCUUAAACCCUUGAACCGGCACUCUCUCUAUCUCUCUAAAGCCUUGGAAGCUUGAUAGAGGAAUCACCCAAACUCUUUCAGUUGAUCAGAAAUGCGUAUCCCUUAUCGCAGCCCUCUCCACAAACUCUUCAACUCAAACGUUCCCAUGGGCUCCAAACAAUUUCUCAAAUCCACACCUUUCACAGCAGUACCAAGAACCCCUUCUUCACCCACACAUAGACUCAUCUUCUCUACUCUCCCUUCAAAACGCAUCUCCAAGAUUCACCCUGUGUCUCUCAGAACUUCUUGGCUUUCAUCUGCCUCUGCCGCGAGCAUUCCUUCAACAGUGUGCUUUGGGGACCCAAACGAGAAAGGGUUUAAUUCGGUUCAAACGGAGGUUCUGAGGCGGAGACUGGGGGAGUUUGGUAUUGAAAAUGAUUUUUGUAGAGCUGGGCAGCAUCGCACACUUUGUCCUGAGUGCAAAGGUGGGGCUUCCGGAGAGAAGAGCUUAGCCCUUUGUAUCUCUCAAAAUUGGAGAUCAGCAGUUUGGAAUUGUUUUCGGGCAAAUUGUGGAUGGAAGGGCAGUAUACAGGCCCACGCAGAUGCUAAGUCAGGAAGCAUGAUUCGGAGCCCAAAAGUUAAGCACAAGAGAGAAAUUACAGAAGAGAGUUUGGAGUUGGAACCACUCUGUGAUGCGCUACGUGAAUAUUUUAAUGAAAGAAUGAUAUCGGUGGAAACGCUGCAAAGAAAUUCUGUAAUGCAAAGAAAAUGUGGUGAUGAGAUUGUCAUUGCAUUUCCUUAUCGACGAAAUGGAGCACUUGUGAGUUGCAAAUACCGUGGCAUCACCAAAAAGUUUUGGCAGGAAAAGGAUACUGAAAAGAUAUUCUAUGGACUUGAUGAUAUAAGCAACACGGAUGAUAUAAUCAUUGUUGAGGGUGAAAUGGACAAACUUGCUAUGGAAGAAGCUGGUUUCCGGAAUUGUGUGUCUGUCCCUGAUGGUGCACCUCCAUCAGUUUCCACUAAAGAUGUGCCAUCUGAAGACCAGGACACAAAGUAUCAGUAUCUGUGGAACUGCAAAAAGUACCUUGAGAAGGCAUCUCGCAUAAUUCUUGCUACUGAUGCGGAUCGACCUGGUCAAGCCUUAGCUGAAGAGCUUGCACGCCGUCUUGGAAGAGAAAGAUGCUGGCGAGUCUGUUGGCCAAAGAUGAAUAAGGAUGACAAUUUGAAAGAUGCAAAUGAGGUUGGCAAUUUGAAAGAUGCAAAUGAGGCUGUCCAUUUCAAAGAUGCAAAUGAGGUGCUCAUGUUUAUGGGACCUGAUAAGCUGAAAGAAGUCGUUGAUACUGCUGAGUUAUAUCCUAUAAAGGGACUGUUCAACUUUAAAAAUUAUUUUGAUGAGAUUGAUGCAUAUUAUAAUCGAACUCUUGGUUAUGAGAUUGGUGUCUCAACUGGAUGGAGGUGUUUGGAUGAACUAUACAAUGUUGUGCCGGGAGAGUUGACCAUAGUAACUGGAGUUCCUAAUUCAGGAAAGAGUGAGUGGAUUGAUGCUCUUUUGUGCAAUCUUAGUGAAAGUGUUCAUUGGAAAUUUGCACUUUGCUCUAUGGAAAACAAGGUUCGGGAGCAUGCAAGAAAACUUUUAGAGAAAUUCGUAGAAAAACCGUUCUUUGGUACCAGGUAUGGAGAAUCUGUUGAAAGGAUGGGUGUUGAUGACCUAGAGAAAGGGAAGCAAUGGCUGAGCCAGACAUUUUAUCUCAUACGGUGUGAAAAUGACUGCCUUCCAGAUAUAGACUGGGUUCUUAAUCUUGCAAGAGCAGCAGUUUUGAGACAUGGGGUGCGUGGACUUGUGAUUGAUCCAUACAAUGAGCUUGAUCAUCAGCGUUCUGCGAGCCAGACUGAAACAGAGUAUGUGAGUCAGAUGCUUACAAAGGUUAAAAGAUUUGCUCAACAUCACUCUUGUCAUGUCUGGUUUGUAGCACAUCCAAGACAGAUGCAUCAAUGGGUUGGAGGUCCUCCAACUAUGUAUGAUAUCAGUGGAAGUGCACAUUUCAUAAAUAAAUGUGACAAUGGGAUUGUUAUUCACCGGAACAGGGAUCCAGAGGCUGGCCCCAUUGAUCUAGUGCAAGUUUGUGUAAGAAAGGUACGGAACAAGGUCGUAGGGACCAUAGGCAAUGCCUUUUUGUCAUAUAACAGGGUAACAGGCAAAUAUAAGGACUCCGAGGAUGAAUUAACGGGCAAAUUCGGCAAUAUAAACCAAAAUCGACUCGGUAGUUCUUGAGAAAACCUACAACUUCAGGUGGUUCUACUAAUUUUGGCACAUGGACUCGGUAGUUCUUGAGAAAACCUACAACUUCAGGAGGUUCUCCUAAUUUUGGCACAUGACCUGGUUGCUUGGAGUUUCAUAGCGGGAAUGGUUUUUGCUUGCUCCAAAAGCAAUGAGGGUACUGAAAAUACAACAAUGGUAAGUACUAAAUUAUAUAUUUAUAUUUUGUAUUAUUAGGUAUCAUAUUGUAAUUUUUUUUUUUUUUUUGAAAAAUAAAUUUUAAUUGAGUAACAUCCUCUCUGUAAGAGGCUGCUUGAUAUGCUUAUGACUUAUAGUUGAAUGGUGAUUCCAUUUUCAGGAAAGUUUAAAAUUGAGGAAAAUCUUGUUUGUGGAAUUCUGGUCCA